UAAUAUUUGAACGCAAAUCGAUAGUUUCGUUUGACCCAGAUUCCAAUAGCCAAUCUGAUACACAGCACGUGGCCAGUAUAUGUCCUCGGCGUUGCUCGUCUCCAGGGCCUUCUCACAUUCCGCAAAAACGAUAUUACCGGGCAAAGGAAGCAGACUUAGAAAGUACCUUGUGGUCUACUCCAGGGACUAUCGAAAAAUUAAGUCUUUUCGCUAAUAAUUCUCAAAAAAUUGCAUAUCACCUUAAUGAUGUUGCAUUAAUUUCUAUCACCAAGAUUCAUGCUAAAUUAGAUACUACUUUUCCUAUACAAUCACAAAUUCAAAUUUUAAAUUUACCUGGUCCAGCAACUAUUAGUGAAUCUGCAUCUGUUAGAGUGAACUCAUAUGAAGAAGCUAUUUACUCUUGUAUUCAUUAUUCUGUUGCGCCAUAUUACAAUGCUUAUGUUGCUAAUAAUGUUCAUAAUGAAGAAAAUAAAAAAUUUGAUAAUAAUCAUAUUGGCGUUCCAAUGACAAAAAAGAAGAUUAACGAAUUAGAGUUAUCUUUCCUUCAUUUACAGAAAAAUGUUAAUGUUGAAAUUCCAUUAAUAUUUUUGAACAUCCACCCGGUUGUUCAAAAGGCUGUCGAAAAGGGUAAACAAGAAGGCAGACAAGCCACUAUUGAUUUUAUUGAUCCAGAGUUACUUAGUGAUACUGCAUUCCUGAAUAAGCUUCAAAGCGAUUUAAACAGUUGGAUUAAAGAAAUCCAAAAAAUAACCAAUUUAACAUAUGAUCUAUCAAGUGGCACAGCUAUUCACGAAAUAAAUUUCUGGCUGAAUAUGGAAACAGCACUUGAAAGAGUUGAUAAGCAGCUUAAAAGUAAUCAAAUAGUUUUGACAUUUGAGAUUCUUAGACAUGCCAAGCGUUUUCACGCCACGGUGUCUUUUAUGGCCGAUACAGGUUUAAAGGAUGCAAAAGAAAAAGCGCAAAAAUAUAAUCAAUUAAUGAGAGACUUUCCUCUCGAUGAAUUACUAUAUGCUCCCGAUGUAGUAAAGAUUAAAGAGGCAAUAAACGUUAUUUUUAACCAUUUUAUCAAGAAAAUGAGAUUAAAUCCGUAUCCAAUCAAGAGAGCACUUUACCUUGUUGAGGCCAUCUCGCGUGACUUAAAUGACGUAUUACUGAAAGUUUUAGGUAGUCGUCGUUUGAUGUAUAUGGAAUAUAACGAUUUCGAAAAAAUUAUGGAAGGUGCUAAGUAUGUUUUUGGAUCGUGGGAUGGUGAUAUCAAAGAAUUUACAAAUGUGGCACGUGACGUUAUGCGUAAACGUUCAGACAAGUUCAUUCCAAUUAUAAUAAACCCUACACAUGAUAAAUUGCAAGAACGUAUUACAUCCAUUUGGAAUUUUAGAAAACAGCACGCAGAACUUUAUCAAACAAUUGUUAAUACCAUGUCCCAGCCAAAAAAUACCAAAAAAAUCGGUAUCGAAAGGGACAAUCAACAAGAAAGCAUUAAUAUAAAUAAAAUCGAUUUUAUGGAAGAGAUAAAGGUAGCAUAUGAAAGUGUUAACGAUAUUGAUGUGCUAGAUACUUCUGUUGAAGGCACUGAAAUCUGGAUCCAAGCAGAAAAUUCAUAUAACGAACGUGUUUCAAGAGUAGAAGAUAAACUUAUUGUAGAUCUACGAGAUCGAUUCGGUAAAUGUAAAAAUACCAACGAAAUGUUUCGCGUGUUUUCAAAGUACAAUGCCUUAUUUGUUAGACCUAAGGUUCAUGGUGCCAUUAAAGAAUAUCAAAACGAACUUAUUGAUAGAAUUAAAAAAGAUAUAUCCAAGCUUUAUGACAGGUUCAACCAACAAUAUUACAAAUCUGAAGCUAAUCACAUGGCUCAGAUCCGUGAUCUUCCCACUGUCUCUGGUGCUAUGAUUUGGGCACGUCAAAUUGAAAAACAAUUAUAUACCUAUAAAAAACGUAUUGAGGAUGUUCUUGGUAAAGAUUGGGAAUUAUACGCCGAAGGCCAAAAAUUAAAAGUCGAAAUUAAUAAUUUUAAAAUGAAAUUAGAUGCUAGUCCAAUUUUUGAAGCUUGGAUGAGUGAAAUUUUUAACCGCAAAGUAAACAUGACGGGAAGAUUAUUUGAAAUUACGCGAAAUCGUUCUCAAGGAAAUAUUCUUCAAUUAGGUAUAAGUUUUGAUCCACAAAUAAUUACUUUAUUUAAAGAAGUGCGUAAUUUAUUAUGGUUAGAUUAUCAAGUUCCAUACAAUAUAACACAAAGUGCAAAAGUUGCCAAGAAAAUAUAUCCUUUCGCUGUAAGUCUUAUGGAGACAGUUAAAACUUAUGCACAAACAGUACAGAAGAUUCAAAAACAACCUGAUAUUGUCAUGUUAGUUGCCAGCUAUCGUAAUAAUGUACAGGCUGUGAUUACUAAGGGUAUUAAUUUUGAAUGGAAAUACCUUGUGGACGAUUAUAGUCAUACUUUUUUUGAUAUUUUUGAAGCAUCGUAUUCGCAUAAGAAGCAACAUGAUGCUUUUAUACGGGAAUUUGCCAAUAUUGUUUCAGAAUUUCAAUAUAAGGUUGAUUCCUUGAUUACUAAUUAUGAAGAUAUUUUGCGUUUAAUUGAGGACUUAAAAAGAUGUGCAUAUCAGGCGAAAAAAUUCAAUUCCAAUUUGGAAAAAAUUCAAAAAUUGAUUAAUCGUCUUAAUGCUGAAUCUUAUUCUAAUCUUGAUGCGUGGGUUGCACAGCUUGAUAAACGGAUUGAUGCUGUUUUGAUUCAACGGUUACAACAUGCUAUAUCCGCAUGGAUAACCGAAUUUAUUGCAUCUGAUGACGAUUCUACCAAUGAUAUAGAGCCAAAUUUUGUUAAUAAAAUUAUAAAAAAUGCCAGACGUAGAACUGAUAAAAUUGAUUUUAUUAAUGAUGAAGGACCGAUAAUGGCAAAAACUGAAAAACCUGUGCUUGUACACACUGUUCACGAAGUGCGUGUUCAUAAUCGAGUAAUUUAUCUAGACCCACCAAUUGAAGAAGCCAGAAUUAAAUGGUAUAAUCAACUACAUGAAUGGUUGUCGGUUGUGUGCAACUUGCCAAGAAUUCAAGGUUCACGUAAUAUUGUUCAACAAGUCAAAAAAUCCUCUGUUUCUCGAGAAACUACUUAUUCCAAUUUAUUGGCAAAAAUCUUUGAUGGUUCACUAGAGAAAGCAUAUGAAGUCAUUGAAACCAAAUUAAAAGAAGUAUCUGAAUACGUUAAUAAAUGGAUCCAAUUUCAAUCAUUAUGGUACCUUGAGCCUAAUAAUAUUUAUAAUCAACUUGGUGAUGAUCUCAAUAAAUGGAAACAAAUUCUUUCAGCAAUAAAGAAAUCACGCAUUACUUUUGAUAAUUCAGAUAUCGAACGUUCCUUUGGUUUUAUAGUAGUUGAUUAUGAACAAGUACAAAGUAAAAUUAAUGCAAAGUAUGAUCAAUGGCAACUUGAUGUUCUUAAUAAAUUUGCUAUCAAGCUUGGUAAUUCUAUGCGAGAAUUUUAUUCUAAAAUUUCAAAUUCUCGUAAUGAGCUUGAAAAUAAAUCAAUGGAAAAUAAUAAUACCAAUGAAGUAACUGCUUUAAUCAUUUUAAUACAAGAUAUUAAACAUAAGAUGUCUAAAUGGAACUUGGAUGCUGAGAUAUUUCGUGAAGGUCACAAAAUAUUAGAACGACAACGAUAUCAAUUUCCAAGUGAUUGGGUGCAUAUUGAACAACUUGAAGGUGAAUGGAGUGCUUUUAACGAAAUCUUGGACAAAAAGGACAAUCAGAUUCAAGAACAAAUCGAUGGAUUAAUAUUAAAAAUUAAAAAUUUCGUUUCUGAUUGGAAUAAAAAUAAACCAAUUGGUAGAGAAAUUAAACCUAACAUUGCGUUAUAUAGUCUUUCAAUUUUCGAAAACCGUGUCACUUGCCUUAAAGAUGAAUAUGAUAUUAUUUAUCGAGUAAAAGAGGCAUUGGACAUGAAUUUAACUAUUGAGAAUCGUCUAGAUUCAAUUCUUGAAGAAAUUAGAGAUCUCAAAGCUGUCUGGAGUUCUCUUUCAAAAAUUUGGCAAUCAAUAAAUUUACUAAAAGAAACUCCGUGGUCUUUAGCGGUACCACAAGAAAUUCAACAACAAUUGAAAAAUAUUCUUAAUUCAAUUAAAGAAUUACCAAGACGUAUACAUUCAUAUUCGGCAUUUGGAUUUUUAGAAGAUACAGUGAAAACCUAUAUUAAACCAAAUCCAAUUCUUUACAAACUUAAAUCCGAAGCAUUAAAAGAACAUCAUUGGAGAAAAUUAUUCAAAGUUAUUAAACUUGAAAAUUGUCACAAUUUAUCUGAAAUGACAGUUGGUCACGUUUUGGAUUUUGAUCAAAUUAUAAAAAACAUUGUAAUUCAGUUCUCUGAUGAAGAAAAUGAAAAUGAUCAAAUUAUAAAUAAUGCAUUGCAUAAUACAAUUCAAGCUUCUGAUGAAGUAGCUUUAGAGAAGCAUAAAAAUGAACAAACUUUAAAAGAUGUUGUAGCUCAAAGUUUCGGUGAAAUGACUUUGAAAGAACUUUUUAUAUAUCUUUUAUCUGAUAACAAUAUGACGAGCUUUCAAAAAGUUUCACCGUUUCGUCCACUAGUCAUUGAAGGUUUUUUUAAACAAAAAUUUAUAAGUUUAUUAGAUCCUCAACACAAAAGAUUAUGUUGA